AUGGAUGAUGCAGGGCGUGCUGCGGAAGCGCUGGCUCGCAUUAGGGAUGGUAAGCCUCCCUUGGCUCGGGAGCUGCCCACGGCCGAGACAUGGCGGUCGGUGCGUGGCUCGACUGCAAUUUCGAAGGACCGUUCACGAAUCAUGAUCUUGAUAUUGCAGAGCAUCUUGAGAUCAUUAGGAGCUGGCAAGAUCUCGUGGACAUACGAGAUGGUUUUGAUUGCGACCCUGACCUACGAGCGGCUCCCGAUCGAGAUGCUGACGAUGAUCCAGAACCCUGCGUGGCAGGGAGCGAAGCUGAUCACUUUGAAGAGUGAAUUGGCCAGGCCGACGGCCAUGGAGAUAUCCCUCCACUACAAAUGGAUCAAGCCGUGGUGCACCGUGCUCCCAACCAAGGUCCCGUCAGGGUACUUUAUAACAGACGUGAUGCUGUUCCUGAACGGCCUUUUGGAUUCAAAAUUGCUACGAGUCAAAGAAUCGGAAUCCGUCCGCGGCCGAGCUGCAGAAGACGCGGUUCGUCUGCGGAAGCUCAUCUCGAGCCUACGGCACGAGCAGCAGAUUCGAGAGGAUUCACGACUUGAAGCAAGACCUCCGGCGCAAGGUGAAAAGAAGGAAAAGAAGAAGGGCGCCGACGAGCCGCUGCCGAUCGCCGACGGUGAGGCGGCGGCGAUUGACAACGGCCCCGGAGACGGGGAGGCCGAGCUCGAGCUCUCGCAAGCAUCAACCCGGGAAUUGGGAGAGCAUCUGAAUGAUGAAAAUGAUGAGGACUUCGAUGAAACCAGCUCCCUCAACCUCCUGAGCGACGAGAGCUCAUCCGAGGAGGACCCGGACGACCCCUUGGAUUUAAAGCUGGAGGAGCUGCAGGCCGGCAUGCACUCUCCGUGGAGGUAUGAGGCUUUAGCUGCCCUUCGACAAGCCGAAUACGAGCGUGACAUGAUUCAGAUGCAAAUGGCGGCCUCACAAGAUGGAGACCCACCCGACAUGGUGGACCCGAGCCAAGCGGUCACGGAGAGCUACCUCGGCUGCGGGGAUGUGCCUGAGCCGCCGAGCUCGCCGGGCGAGAGCGAGGCGGCCGAUGAUGCUUGCGAGGAUGACGGGGGCCUGUGGUUGUGUCGUCCCCAAGCAAAAGUUGAUCUAGAUGAACCUAUCUUCGGCAUUUGGCCGAUGGUCAUCGAUGAGACCCGAAAGGACAGCGACAUCGAGCCGAAGACAUCAUCCGAGCAGGAUGAUGCAACCGACCUCGAAAAGGCGGAGCGGAUCGCAGAUGAGCUCGAAGUGGGCAAGGAGGCCGACAAUGGGCCCAAGAAGAGGAAGAAGGACAGUGCCAUGCAAAUGAGAUUUCAUGCACGAUUUCGAAAUGACUUUGUGGUUUUGCAGGGCCUCCGGCGGAACAAGAAGAAGAAUCGGGAUGCGAUGGACUCGGAUCAGCAAAGCGCGGCCAACAAGGGGCCCAAGAAGAAGAAGAAGGGCGGGCAGGAUGCCAUGGACUCGGAUCCAGUCAGCAGCGACUCAUGCCCGAGCAUACUUCGUGAGCGAGCCACACAGCUGGAUGAUGAUAUCGAGGAGCCCAUGGCUGCUCCCUUUAUGAGCUCUGACGAGGAGAAUGCUGAUGAGACAUGGCUGAGUGAGUUUAUCCGGAGUCCAUGGGGCAGUGCCGAUGAGGAUGAUGCUUUCGGCUCGCCCCUGCCCCUGGGCGAGCUAGCCGACCAAAGCCAGGAAGAGGAGGAUGUUUUCGGGUCGCCCGUGGGCGAGCGAGCCGACCGCAGCGAGGACGAGGAUGACGUUUUCGGGUCGCCCCUGGGCGAGCGAGCCGACUGCAGCGAGGACGAGGAUGACGUUUUCGGGUCGCCCCUGGGAGAGCCAGCCGACGGCAGCCAGGAGAUGGAUGAGAUGCCUGCUGUUGGUCCGCAGAGUGCCGCGAACAUGAAGGCCGCGAGAAAGAAGGCCAACGAGCCCACAAAGCCGAUGAAGAAGAAGAAGGUGAAGAGAGCUUCUUUUCGGCGUGGCAAGAAAGGGCUGCGCAAGAUGAAGCGCCGGUUGCCGCCCGGCAUGAUGUUCAAUGGGUACGAUCUGCUGAAGCUUGAGGUUCCGAAGGAUGCUUGGCCCCAAGGGGUGUGCAAAGGCCUUCACAGUUAUACUGUGAAGGCCCCCAACGACACAGCGAUCGAGGUUUUGUGCCGCAACAAAGCCUUUUUUUGCAAGCGAGUGCAUCCGAGCCUUGCCGCGGACCCCGAUCAUCGAAAGGGACAGGUCGGCUGGAAAACCGUGGGCAGUGUGGCUGCUGCAUGGAGAGUGGCGAAAGACCGAGUUGGGUGUGGCCCAGAGGAUAUUCCGAUGUGGAUGUGUAUGACUUUAUGGAAGGACAUUCCGAUGUGGAUGUAUGACUUUGUGGAAGAAUACGAAGAAGCUGCGAGUGCAGCGACCGUUGCCGAAAAGCCGGUCAUUUUUAGACUUGUGGCAUUGGUGACACAGAUCGAGAGCCUGCCCUGGGAUACUGCGGUGCAGCACUUCGAAACGUUUGCUGGCCAGAAAGCUGCUGGGAGAUUUGCGAUCUCGCACGACAUAAGCUACAACGAGCGCACGAUGAAUAUCCUGGGCUCCCUGGGAUUCUGCAAUGCAGUGUUUGAAUGCAUGUCCCAAUCCAAAACACAGCGGCGUUCCGGUGAUGUCACGGGAGACGAGACUGUGCAGUCUGUGACAGAUGACCGAAAGAUCCUGGAGAAGCUCCCGAAGUUCAAGCCAGCCGAGUCCGAUCUGCCAACGGAUGCAGACAAGCAGGGAUGGGAAAUGACGGUGCGCCGUGUCGACGAGAGUGGGUUCGGUGCUUCGCUAUCAUGCUUGCGGACUGAGUAUGACAAAGAGAUCAAGCAGCAUGCUUGGCAAGAGCUCUCCGAGGCUUUGAGGCAGCGUUUGCGGCUGCCUGGUGAUUGCAAGAUUUCCAAGAAAUGGGCGAAACAAGCUUGUUUCAAGAAGGACGUGGCUCGGCACGAGAAACUGAUGAAGAUGAUAGAAGAACGGGCCAAGAAAGAGAAGAAAGAAAGCAAAGGCAACAAGGAGAGCAAAGACAAGAAGGAAAGCAAAGACAAGACGGAAGCCAAGGACCAGCAGGCCACAAAGGCAAAAGCCAGCAAGCAGGAGCAAAAGAAAGCCAAAGAUGAUGAAAACCAAGCCCCCAACAGCAACGAGGCGAAGCGAAGGGAAGAGAAGAAGAAAGAAAGCAAAGAGAAGAAGGAAAGCAAAGACCAGAAGAAGGACGACAAGAAGGAAAGCACAGAGCAGAACAGCAGCAAAGACGAGAAGGCAAGCAAAGACCAGAAGAAGGACAACAAAGACAAGAAGGAAAGCAGAGACAAGAAGGAAGCCAAAGACAAGAAGGAAAGCAAAGGCCAGAAGAAGGACAGCAAAGACAAGAAGGAAAGCAGAGACAAGAAGGAAGCCAAGGACCAGCAGGAGGGCCCAAAGCACAAAAGGCAGAAGAAGUCCCGGCCGGUCGAGUCAGAGGAUGAAGAGUCACAGAAUGCCUUUGAUGAGGUCGCCAUGCACGAGGCAAACCUGGCAGCUGCCGAGCUUGCUGCCGCAGAAACCGAGGACCCUGGUGAGGAGUCAGACAUGACGGAGGCAGAGAUCGAUGAUGCUGAAAGCCGGGAGUGCAGCGAGGAAGAGGCAGAGCAAGAAGAAGAUGAGGAGCAGGCCCCUCGCACACCCGGAGCCGGUGCUUUGGAGAGCGACGAGGAGCUGCCCCUGUCGCAAGAGUGCCGACUGGACGAGGAUGAGAUGCAAUCGUCCAGUUCGGAUUCUUCGGAAUCCGAGGAGAAUGUGGACGGCGAGCCCCUGGAGGCAGAAGAGGAGGCUGCCGACAAGGCUUCCUUGAGUAGUGCGGUUCAGGAGGGCGAGGCACUUGUGCGCAACAGUGCGACGCACAGGAAGGAAUGGGCCGUGUUUGACCGUGCGAUCAAGAACCGCCAGAAGUUCCCCGUGGCUCUCAGCAACUAUGCGAAUAAAUCCAAGACGGAUUUGUUUGGUGCCUGGCUCGAUUGCAACGGCAAUUGGGAGGAGGUGAAGCUGACUAUGGAGCGCAAACACGAGAAGACGAACCUCAACCGGCAAGAUGUGGUUGCCAUCCAGGGCAAAGAGCUGAAGAAGAAGUACGAGACGGACAUGUACAAGCAAGUGAUCGCAGCAAGAAAGGCCGAGGGACGAUGGUACAAAGACAAAGACUUCCCGAGCAAUGAGGAUGAAGCGUGGUACUACAUGCCACAGGGCCACUUGCUGCGGAGUGACAAUGCCACAAAGGAGUCCCAGAACCUGUCUGUGGAUCAAAGCAUGGAUGAGGAUUUGGGAAAAAUUCUUGAGGAGAAUAACCUGCUUCAGGCAGGCUGCAUGCCUGCUGUGCAUGCAGAAACUGAGGCUGGGGAGAAGGCCCUGCUUUCCCUCUUCGAGGAACCAGGUGCGGUUCAGAAGCGAACUGCGAAGCCCCGGAAGCAGGAGGCUGCAGAGACAGGUGCCGAGGAGAUGAAGCCCAAGACCCUGCAGGAGCAAGUGACAGAAAGGAAGCCGGAGAUCCUCAGAGAUUCCACGGAGGCACGCAAAACCGCCAUCACCCUCACCAACCUGAACUAUGGUGGUGACCUAUCGGACCAGCUGCUGAAGUUUUCGAAGCAGAUGGAGCUGGCCUACAAGAACCUCGCUGCGCUGCAAAAGAAGGAGGGUGUUGAAACCGACGUGAAGAAGAUUCUCCGAUGGGUUGAGAAGAAAAACCCAUGGUUCAAGCAAGCCCAGGCGGCAGCAGACGGCCUGAUGAAGGGCCUGAAAGCCAAGAAGAAGGCAGGAGCAAAGGCUAAGCCAGCAGCGAAAAGUGCUGCCCCGAAGAGUUCCGCGAAAGCGGCGUGGCUGGUGAUGACUUGCAAGCGAGGCCGUCAUCUUUUCGUCGGAGAGAAGAUUAUUCCUCUCUGCCACGUUCUCACGCAGCAGAAGAGUUUGGCAGCUGCAAUGGUUCGCGAUGGUAUACCUCAAGAGGCCGUUGCUGCUUUUGCAAGUUUGGGCUCCUUCGGAGCUCACGCUUCGAAUGCUGAGCGAGACCUGCAUAGGUGGCUACGAGGCAUCUAUGGAGUUUCUUUGGAGCCAUACGUGAUAGAGUUGAUGCUUGAAAGCGACAACAUUGAUGAGAACGACAAAACGGUGACAGUGUCCACACGGAUACCUGUGCUCCUACCACACGAGAUCUUCUCUGAGCUUCAUUCUUCAAGCGAGUAUCAGGUUCUCAUGGGACAAAAGACACAGAGUGACACAGGAACACCUGCUGCCAUCAAAGAGUUUUGGAAUCAUUUGCAGCGAUUUUCGCCGGCAGAGGUGAAUGAUCAUCCGGCGCUCGAGAGCGCCGAUCUUGGCAAGAUGGUACCAUUGCUGGUUCACUUUGACGGUGCAGAGAUGUACAACAAUGCUGAAUAUAACGUUUGGUCGUUUUCGAGUGCUAUGUCAUCUUUGCUGGAUGUGGAUUGCCUGCAAACUCAAUUUGCGUGCUGCAUGAUUCCUCACAGAGCAAUGGAAGAGAAGCAGGUGAAGGAGUACGUUCACAAAGAAAUCGCGAGGCUGAUGAGCUGGUCGUUCGAAUGCCUUCAAAGAGGAAAGUUUCCUGAGACUGGAUUCAAUGGGGAAGAGUUUCCUUCUGCGUCGUGCCGUGCGAAAAGAAGUGGCACGGCAUUGGCUGGUGAGUGGAAGAUUCUUGGUUGCAGCUACACGGCGAGACGGGAAUGUCACUAUUUCAGUCGCCACUAUAAUUGCAAUCUGCUUUGCGACCGCUGCCUAGCAAUGAAGCCUGGGAAAAACUGUGUGGACGGCAUGAACUACAAAAACUUUUCCUCAGCUGCUCCGUUUCUUCUGACGACUGUUGAUCACAACCUGUACCUGAACUCGACUCCUGCAACCCGACUUUCGCCUUGGACGGCUAUGCCGGGAUGGAAGAUUGAAAAAACUUUCUUUGACUGGAUGCACGUUGUAUUGUUGGGGGUUGGCAGAGAUGUGGUUGCUGCUGCUAUCAAGCUCCUGGCAAUGCUGGGAGAGAUUUCCCGGGAAACCUUGCGUGCAGAUUUGAAAGCCCUGACAACCUGGAUCAAAAAGGAACGGAAGAACGAGACUGGGGCGUCCUGCUCUUUGCCUUCUUUCACCCCUGCGAACACUGGCUUGGAUCCCUGGAAUGAAUAUCCGGAAGUGGGCAGCAUCUACAAAGCAGCACAUGUGAAGAUUCUGGUGUGGGGCAUGGCGAGAAAGCUGAAGAAUGUCUUGGUGCAACGAAAGGAUGACGAUUUGAUGAAUAUGGCACUGGCAAUUCGAGCACUGGACCGAGCCCAACGUCUGAUCGACAACAACGACUUGUUGCUGAGCGGGGAUGAUUCGACGAAAUUCAACGAGAUGGUUCAGUUGCAUCUACGAACGUGGCAGCGACUGGCUUUGAAGUUCGAGGCCCUAUGCAUCCCUUUGGCUUAUAUCCGCCCGAAGCACCACUAUCUACAACACAUUGGGCUAUAUGUUGCGAAAACGAGAAUCAACCCGCGCAUACACCAAAACUUCAAUUCAGAAUCCUUCAUGGGGAAGAUGAAAAAGGUCGCUGUGAAGUGCCAUUCGGCUUCAAUGCUGAUGCGUGUGCAGCAAAGGUAUGUGCUUUACCUUUCCUUCCUGUGGGAGCGAGCAAAAAGAGCAUCAGAGAUACCGGCUGUUACUGGGGACGAGUCCGUGGAGCAACUCCUGCUUCUCGAUUGGGAAAGGGAACAGCAUGCGUUCAGCAGCACGGCAGUAUAUGCAAAACGACGAUGCUUGGGCAAGUGA